UCCUCCCCCCAAUAGGUCGGUGUGCCAGAAACUCAUCAUGGAGAAAGAAAUACUACCUAAACAUUAGUGACCAUUGUCUGUCAAGUCUAGAAACCCAAGCGGUCAAUUCUUGUCAUCAUCUUCCUCAAACUCAUUACCCUAGAAACAAAGUUUGAUUCUCACUCUUCUCUUCCUACGAAUCAAAAUACUAUAGAAAUAGAGUUUAAUUCUCGUCUUCCUCUUCCUCCCGAUCACAAUGGAUUUGAUGAGUUGCUGGAAUGCGAGCACAAGUGACUACUCAACAAUGAAUGGAGCAAACGGUGCAAGUUCAAACAAGUUGCCUUCUUCAAGGUACAAAGGAGUAGUGCCACAGUCAAAUGGCAGGUGGGGAGCUCAAAUAUACGAGAAGAGUCAUCGUGUAUGGUUGGGAACCUUCAAUGAAGAAGAAGAAGCUGCUAAAACCUACAACAUUGCCUUACUAAAGUUCCGGGGUCUUGAUGCCAUCACACACUUCAGUCGAAGCCAAAUGAAACCCUACGGACCUGAUGUCACGGAGGCUCUUUUCUUGGAAUACCAUUCCAAGGCUGAAAUCGUUGACAUGCUUCGAAAACAUUCUUAUGCCAACGAGCUCGAGAUGUACAAGCAUAAGUUGCACAAUGGUGGUGCUCUAGGCCUUGACGAUGGUGGAAAGCGUACGAAGUGUUACCUUGAUUUAAUGGACACGUGUAGUCGCGACAGGGAGUUGCUUUUCGAGAAAGUGGCAACACCAAGCGACGUAGGGAGAUUGAACCGCAUGGUUAUACCAAAACAACAUGCCGAGAAGCAUUUUGAGGUUCAUCUGAGUGUAGGGUUUGGUAAAGGGGUGUUGUUGAAAUUUGAGGAUGAGUUGGGGAAGGUGUGGAGGUUUGGGUACUGUUAUUGGAGUAGUAGUCAGAGUUAUGUGUUGAGCAAAGGGUGGAUUCGUUUUGUGAAGGAGAAGAAGCUGAAAGCUGGUGAUGUUGUGAGGUUUCAGAAAUCGGUAGGGGAGGAUAAGAAGCUGUUCAUUGAGUGUAGACCUAGAAAAGUUGACGUUUCGGGGAUCGAGGAGAUGCAUGGCAGGGUUGCUGACCCUUUAGCGACGGUUCAAGAUGAUGGAGUGGUGAGGUUGUUCGGAGUUAACAUAUCAUGAAAACAUGUGCAUUAUAGAGAAUAGCAGGUGUUGGAGGCUUGGACCAUGUUCAAUAAGUUAAAAGUCAACCUUUUAUUUUCUUUUUCUUUUUGCUUGAUAAAGAGAGAGCCUUCUCUUGCAGUGUGUGCAAUUAGAAUAAUUAUAUGACAAAGCUCGUG